AUGGAUUCAGACUCAUACUACUCGCCCUCUCCGGAGGAAAAGUUUUCCCGGCGACUCAGCCGGUCACUAGAAAACCCUCUCCACCUCCUCCACCGCAACAACUCCGACUUCUUCAUCUUGGGCGCCACCGGCAACGUCUACACCGUCACUCUCUCCACCACCCCCACAUGCACCUGCCCAGACGCCACCACCCCAUGCAAACACAUCCUCUUUCUCUACGUUCGUGUGCUCAACCUCCCCACCAACGACCCAUGUCUCCGCCUCCAAACCCUGCCGGAGUCUGACCUCACACGCCUCCUCUCCACCCACGUCUCGGAUGAAGCGUUCGCCGGUGAAGGGUUAAGAGAGCGGUUUCUUGAGUUGUAUGAUGAGAGGAAGAAGAAUGAGGAGCAUGUGAAGGUGGAAGAGGGGUGUAAGUGUACGGUUUGUUUGGAGGAGAUGGGGGUGGAUGAGAGGAAGGUGGUGAAGUGUCGAGCGUGUAAGAAUCCGAUACAUGAAGAGUGUGUGAUGAGUCGGGCAAAGUGGACGGAGAUUGGGGAAGAGGGGAAGUAUAUUAACCUAAAGAAGUAUCUUAGUGACGACGAUGAUGAUGAUGAUUAUGGUUAUGGGUAUGGUUGGCGAAAAAGGCGAAAAAGGAGAGGAUAUUAUUGGUGA